AUGGACGGUUACAGAACGCCCGCGGGCCCCCCUUUGCAGGUGGGCCCGGCACGCAACCGUAUCGGUCUCACCAAUAUUCAGAUGCGGACGGUGACCGUCUGCAUCAUUGGCCCAGCUGUCCUCGCCUGGAGCGGCUAUUCGGAGCGCUGCGCCACAGUUCUCAGCUUCUUCGCCACGUUCAUGUGCGGCAUCGAGUGGAGCGGCGUUAAGCGCCACCUCAAGGUCGCACUGCUUAUGUCAAUGGAUAAUACAGCGAUGCCCAAGCCUCAAUCGCCGGUGCCGCCUCUCACAAUGCUGGUCGACCUGGUCGCUCGACCGCCGCCGCCAUCGCCUUGCAUUGAAGGGGUGCCACUCUGCCCCGAAGAGUACGAACUGCCAGUGGCGCCCAUCUCCCUCUACAAUGUUCUGAAACACCUUGGGUGGGCGCUGCUGCCGCUUGCUGCAUAUAGUGGCGAGCAGGUUUUUCUUGUCACGCUCGAGCUCUACUUCGUCGUCUUCGUCGUUGUGACGCUGACGGCGCAUAAUCGGCUGGAGCUCAAGGUGGAGCACGCGAUGAAGCGGCUGAGCCAGCAGUUGUCCUCCGACUCGCAGGACAGCUCGCGUGGCGCCCCCACCGCCGCGGCAGCAUGCAAGACCGAGCCGGACCUGCCUCGGACGGACGAUAGUGUGGCGAAGAAGGAGCGGGUGGCCAAGGCACAGCGCGACUACUUUCUCUUGAUGGAGCUGCACAUGAUCGCAGAGCGGCAGCCAACAGAGCAGUUCCUUGAUUUUUGCCUUGAUAUCUUUGGCAUCGUGUGGAUUGCUGGCAUCUCUACCCCGUUCUUUGUGUACCACAUCACUGACGUCGGCGUGCCGUGGCUUUCCUCAACGUUGAUCGGCAACUUCGCGAACGACAUCGCCGCGCUGGUUGUGGGGCGCAGCCUCGCCAUCCUGCGAGAGCGAUACGGGGAGAUCUACGAUGUGACUGGCGAGGAGCCGCCAGCCACUGGGGCGGCGAACCAGCCGAGGAAGCGGCCGCUAAAGGAAGCGAGUGGGCUCGUGAGAAUGCUGCUGCGCAGUCCGCACCAUCUUAACCGUGCCAUUAGCCCGAACAAGUCAGUGGAGGGUGCCGUGGCAGGUGUGAUUAUUAAUGCAUUCAGCUUUGCCGGCCUCAUGUUCUGGUUUUACCGGGGGCUGUUUGCUGCGCCGGCGGCAAACGUUGUGGACCCAGCGUUCCAGAACGUUGCUCUGUGGCUACUCCUCGGCACCAUCAUGGGCGUGCUCGGCGUCUGCGGGGAUCUACUACAGUCCCUGCUGAAGCGUGCUGCGCGCGUGAAGGAUGCGGGCUUCAUUAUCCCAGGGCAUGGUGGCAUUCUGGAUCGUGUGGACGGCAUGUUGCUCGUUUUCCCGUUCAUGCACUGUGCCCUGCGCGGCAUCAUGAGUCUGUCCAGUGACUCGGGAAAUCGUCGCUCGUUCUUCGCGGCGUAG